AUGGAAGAAGAAACGACAACCACGGUGCCUCUCGAGCCUCCUCCACUGCCCUACUCGCUGCAUACUCGGAAGAAGUCCAUCGCCAUUUUUUGGACGUUGUUUGUGAUUGAUACGUUAGCUCAGCCUCUUGUUCUCUACUGGGCCCUGUGGUACGCCACGGAUCUAUCGCACAAUGUGGUCUUCUCCAUCGUGACCGCAUCCCUGGGAGGCAUCUCCGUCUUUGAGUACUUCUACCGUCUCUACAACCUAUUCCGCAAGGACUCUCGGGCACGACCCUUGAACGCAAGGAAAUCAUGGUUGGAUUUCUUCCAGAUCAAUUUCACAAUCGUCUGGUUGAUCCUGGCAGUGGAGCUCAUCGUUGGUACGGUGCCUGACGAACCAUAUGUCCGCCUCGUCGCCAUGGUCCUACCCACCGUGAUGUUCUACUUCGGCAGCGUCUACCUCCUGCUCGACAUCCUUCGCAUAUGCGGCGUCAGAGCCCCCUUCCGCAUUUCCUCUACUCCUAAGGGCUCCGUGAUGCCCACGGCCCUCUACGUCAUGAUUGAGGACGUCGUUGCCGUCGACGGCGGCGGCGGCCAGAUCUACCGCCACGCCUUGCGCAACCGAUACUUGUCCAGCCCGUACUUCCGACGCAUGCUCUUCGAAAUGAACAUCUUCUGGGCCGGCGGAUCCAUCGUCUGUGCCGCAGCCAUUACCGCAAUCAUCUUCACCACUUCCACACCCGUCGCGUACACCCUGGGCUGGUCCCUCCCCUUCGCCUGGGCCGGCGUCUGGACCCUCAUCACCAUCCCCUGGGUGAAAAGCGACCUCCGCCGCGAAAAGGAAGCCUGGCGCGCGCACCGCGGCCAGGGAGCCGUGCCCACCUACACCGACGACAUCAGCGCGCCGACCCCACGCACCCGCCUCGAGUCUGUCCAGGACCAUCUGCCCAAUUUCCUACCCUGGGGCAACAAGGAGAAGCCGCCGACGCCGACUACGCCGUCGGAUGGGCAUUCGAAUGUCUAG